AUGUUUUCGCAAAGAAAGAGCAAGAGCAACGCUAAACAGACCUCGGCGAGGGUACCUGCAAGCUCUUCGGAGCGUCAAACUACGGUGACGAGCUUUUUUGGGAAAAAAACCACGUCGAAAAGACAGUUAGCGGGCAGCACGGCGGGAUUAGCCGCCCAGCCCAGUGGGCGGAAACCAAGGCCGAAACCCAUAUUUGAGUCACAGGGAUCGUUUGACGAGGACGAAGACGCAGGAGAGGCGGCCUUGUCCCGUUUGAUGCGUGAAACGCCGUUGCAGAAUUUCAAAACGCAUUUGCAAAAAUCUACCAAGACCGACGGCCAAGCGGUCCUGACUGCAGGAUCGAUACAGAGAAAAAGCAGCGGGGUUGCAGUUCCCGGAGAGAAGGUUUCGGCAGCAAAUCCGGCCGCCAAACGGUCCAUGGUCUCAGAUUUCUCGUUCUCGAUGCACAAAAAACUGAAACCCACACGGGCACAAUUAACACAACCAGCUUUGAGGACCAGAAAAUCACCAGCAUUAAAAUUGACCCCAGAGCAACGAAGAGUGAUCGAGCUUAUUGUGCAGCAGCGCAAAAAUGUCUUUUACACAGGCUCAGCAGGAACAGGUAAAUCUGUGGUCUUGCGUGAGCUGGUGACUCAAUUGAGGGCCCGUUACGGUGAGUCUGCCGUUGCUAUCACAGCAUCAACCGGUUUGGCAGCGGUCAAUAUAGGUGGGAUCACCGUCAAUCGAUUCUCAGGUAUAAACAUCGGAAUGGGCAGCGUGCAAAAAUUGGCAGCCCAGGUCAAUCGUAAUAAGACCAAUAGUGAAAGGUGGAAACGGACAAGUGUGCUAAUCAUCGAUGAGAUUUCGAUGAUCGAUGGCAGAUUUCUGGAUAAGAUGGACUACGUGGCCAGAGACGUGCGACGGAAUCCGACCAAGCCUUUCGGGGGAAUCCAACUGGUUCUCACUGGGGACUUUUUUCAAUUGCCCCCCGUUGCUGACAGAGAUCCGCGCUCAGAGAAACCUACGUUCUGUUUCGAAAGCAAAGUCUGGAAACAAGCUAUUGAUAACACAAUUUGUUUGACGCAGGUUUUCCGACAAAAGGACCCGGAACUUGUAGAACUCUUGAAUGGCAUUAGAUUUGGCGAUAUAAAUCACCAGGUUGUACAGCAGAUCAAGACGUAUGAGAGAGAAGUCGAUUAUGCAGAUGGCAUAAUGCCAACCGAACUAUAUCCGACGCGACGCGAGGUCGACAUGUCGAACAAACGAAUGCUGGAUAGGUUGGCCGGCGAGGUCAAAAUUUUCCAAGCCCAGGAUCAAGCUACUAGUGACAAUCCGGCUUUGCUCAAGAUGCUGGACUCUUUAAUGGUUGAAAAGAACCUUGCGCUGAAAGAAGACGCACAGGUAAUGAUGGUCAAGAACGUAGAUGAGACUUUGGUCAACGGAUCCGUCGGAAAACUGCUGUUUUUCACUACUGAAGCACUUUACCUUAAAAUGCUAGAACUGUAUCCAUCCACAAAGCUCACCGAUCCAGAUCUAGUACUCGAUAUGCGAUUAUUGGGUCGUUGUAUCGGCCUCGCACCGACUAGUUACCCUAGCGAUAUCGAAAUGGAGAUGGCAAGAAUGCCAUACAAUAGAGCCGAAAAUAUGCGAUUAUUAUUGAAGAUCGCAGAACGCGAGAGUAAAGCCUUCUCGUAUCCGCUGGUGCGGUUUACCACUCCUUCCAGCGGGUUCAGGUUCGAGCUCAUAUCUCCCACUGAAUUUACCGUUGAUAUUCCUGCUCAAAAGACAAGUGUUAGCAGGACGCAGUUGCCGCUCAUACUAUGUUGGGCAUUGUCCAUUCACAAGGCACAAGGCCAAACAAUCGACAGGCUCAAGGUUGAUCUCAAAAAAGUGUUCGAAGAAGGCCAAGUUUACGUGGCUUUGUCGAGGGCCGUGUGCAAGGAUCGGCUACAGAUUGUCAACUUCGAUCCAAGAGCCAUCAAGGCAAAUUCCAAAGUCAAAAACUUCUACAAAACUUUGGAAACUGUCUCGACUUCGAUUGCGCCGCAUUUUUCGCCAACUUGA